AUGGCGGAGAGAUGGGAACUUAUUGUUGACUUUAAACCUUACGCCGGUAAGAAAAUCGUUAUCAAGAACGCCCGUGAUGUUAUGGCGGAUGAAGACUAUAACGCAACGGAUCGUGUGUUGCAAUUCCGUGUUGGGAUGACGGUUACUAGCUGGAGCAAUAACGGACCGCUUCCCGCGGAAUUGUCAAAGGCCCCCCUCCCUAAGCCAAAGAGUGGUGUUGAUAGGAGUUUCAAAUUUGAAAGAUCGAGUGGUGAGUGGCGCAUAAAUGGAGUCCCUUUCUCAAGUGUGAAAAACCGUAUCUUGGCAAGGCCUACACGUGGCAUGACCGAAGUCUGGGAGUUGGAAAAUAGCAGUGGCGGAUGGUCUCACCCGGUUCAUAUUCAUUUGAUUGAUUUCCAGAUUAUCUCCCGUACUGGAGGACGUAAUGCUAUACAACCUUACGAAGCCGUGGCUCUCAAAGAUGUAGUAUUGCUUGGGACAAAUGAGAAAGUUAGAGUAUUGGCUAGAUAUGCUCCCUGGGAUGGCGUUUACAUGUUCCAUUGGCACAACUUAGUACAUGAAGACCACGACAUGAUGGCCGCUUUCAACGUAACACAGUUGGUCGAUUUUGGCUAUCCCGAAACCACAAAGUUCAUCGACCCCAUGGAAGAGAGGUGGAGAGACAAGCCUUACGAUGACAAAGCAAAAGAUCUCAAGAUAGUCAAGAGUGAAACGUUGCCAUUUUUCUCUUCUCUUGAUGCGUAUGCCCAUGUGGGGCAAAUCAAUGAUGCAUUGGAUCAGUAUUUUUUGGCAAAAUCUAGCAGCACCCCCACAUCGUCUACCAAGACUUCCACCAGCACCACCAAGACUUCCACAUCCUCCGCCAAGAGUUCUACAACAAAGAGUUAA